GUUGGCUACUUUUUGGUGCUUUUGUAAAAUGUUCGUCUGUUUUAGCUAUGUGGCUGCACCAUCUGGCAACACUGGUUAUACCGAUCAUACAACAAACUUUCAUACAACAGCACGCCAGUUUUCCCUCGUGGAGUUUACCUUCUUCCUCCAUGUCUAUUAUGUGCAACACUGGACGGUAUAAUGGUUUAGAGUGACUUAGGUACAGUGUACUAGAACCUAGGUAGUGCGCUCCAAAGGCGUACAGUGAUUCCGACAGUCCCAUCCCCGUUCGUCCCCAUCUGCGUUCCGCGCUCUUCUAGCAGACGAAACGGCCCCGUUUUGACGGUUUUGACUACGUGCGGCCGUGAGGAAACGCGUGUGUGCUACGUCGGCGACACCAUGAAAUGCUGCGUACUAGGAUGCAGGAGUCGAAGCGAUGCCACAGAUCCUGGUAUUUCAUUCCAUCGGUUUCCAAAACAGCCUGGCCUGAGGAAACUGUGGAUUGAGGCACUACGUCGUCCAGAGGGCUGGUGUCCAUCAAAAUGGAGUGUCGUCUGCUGCCUGCACUUUGGUGCUGAAGAUUUCAAGGACGACGUCACAGGCUUGCGAAGACUCACCAGAAAUGCCAUACCAAUGCUCUCUGACAACACAGUUAGGAGAGUGAAACUGGAGGAAGCAGGUGGCACAGCUGGCCUUUCUGUUAUCACUGCCACAACUGAAGCGCCUGCUACAAAUGAAGUGACAUUAUUUCUGCUGCCUGUGCACCCACAAGUUGUGAUAAAAGAAGAGACUGGUGUACUGGAGAGGGCCGAAGCCACCCCUGCAGGACAGAGAACAACUGAGCAAAGCAGUUCUGAAGCUGUCGUGUCCUGUUCUGAGCACCCACACAUUGAAAAAGCUGUGCAGCCAUCCUUACAUCCCAUUGAAAUUGUACAUACACCUGAAAACAGCAGGGAAAGGCAGCAUACUAUCACGCCUCUACAAAAGACUCUUGAAGAAGAAUUUUUACGUCAAGAAGUACAACGGUAUGCGGCCAUUAAUGCUGCAAACAAGAAGAAAAUUAGAACGCUGCAGCAAUCUAAACGGCGCCUGAAACGCAAAGUAGCCGACCUUGAAAAUGAAGUCAAGGAGCUUUUGCGAAAACAUAUGGUUGUGGUGAAACAUGAGGAACAAUGAAAAGUUUUGCUGUCUCUA